AUGGGUGUUCAGGAAACAGCGCCGAAGAAAAGAACUCGGGUCAGUCACACCAAGGUGCGUACGGGUUGUCGGACCUGUAGGAUACGCCACAAGAAAUGUGACGAGACCCGACCUAUCUGUCGCAUGUGCAGCAGCACUGGACGGAUUUGCGAUGGAUACCAGCAAACAAUCGAUAGGAGAACGCGCGCUUCCAGACUCCGGCUCGCUUCAACAUCGCCAUCAUCGACGAGCAGCUCAUCUUCAACGGUGAGUGUGCCGUCUCUAGUGUCGGAUCUGAUCUUACACACCAAUGAGAUCGACCUCACCCGGCAGGAGCGUUGGUAUCUCGACUUCUUCCGCAGGAAUACUUCUUUUCAAUGUUCUGGUUACUUUGACGAUGAUUUCUGGCUGCGUCUGGUACACCAAGUCACCGAGGCCGAGCCAGCGGUCAGACACGCUGCCAUUGCCCUAAGUGCGCUCCACUGUAACUUUGAGCGAACCAGCACCGGACAGGGGGCCAUAGACAGCCGUCUGCCUCUCCAGCAAUGUGUCAAAGCAAUUUCCUCACUGAGACAUCAGCUAGCGGGCGGAGGAGUUCUAUCCCGCUCUAACAUGCAAAUAACCCUCGUCACCUGCGUACUCUUCGUCUCGUUCAUGUUCCUGCAGGGUGAUACGCACUCUGCCUAUUGUCACUUGCGUGGGGGUCUCAAACUCCUCAAAGAAUGGAGAUCCACAGACAUGCCGGGCUAUUCAACCACUGGUGCAGUGCUAAUGAAAGUAUUUGCCCAUCUACAACUACAAUGGUCGACGUUCGCCGACGAAGUCUUCAUUGAAGAGGUAGAUAGCAAUCGCUUCGACGUUCCCUAUAUAGAGAUCAAUGAUCUCAGCCUCGAAGAGCCGACCGACAGCUUAGAAAAGGCAGGCAGCCUGCUCGUCAGUCUAGGCCGACUCGUCUUGACUCCACGUCCUCCCGGCACCUCCUCACCAGGCUACUGCACCGUCCUAGACAGCAGACGCAUGGCCAUCCUUAACAAACUCCAGCAUUGGACCACCGAACUCGAUAACUCAAUGACAUGCGCCGGAAACACCCUCAUCCUCCGCGACAACACCAUCCUAACCGUCCUAAAACUCUGGAGCGAGAUCAUCUACAUCAUGGCCGCGACAGAAACGCGUCUUGGCGGCAGCGAAACCCGCUUCGAUGCCUUUCACCUCAACUUCGGCCGAGCCGUGGCGCUCGCCAAAAUCCUCCUCCUCUCCACACCCGCCCAAUCAACCAUGCCUAAUUUCUCCAUCGGAAUGGGCAUCAUCCCCCCUCUUUUCUUCUGCGCCUUCAAAUGUCGCGACUGGUACAUCCGGAGAGAAGCAUUACAAUUACUACGCAGCUGCCAGAGACAAGAAGGUCUCUGGACAACACCGGGGGCCGUGCUCGUCCUGGAACGGCUGAUCGAUAUUGAAUCUAAAGGCCUCAUGCCGGGAGACCUGGUUCCAGAGUCACGCCGCGUUGACUCGAUUCAUGUGAAUAUCCUUCCGGAUGAUCAUAAGAUUGGGUUAUGGUAUCGUCGAUCGGGCAUGGGCGUGGGUUUGGAUGGCUAUAUGGAUGUAGGUUCGGGGAUGUGGGAGAAGGCAUUACUGGAAUACCAUGUUGGAUGA